AUCAUCAGGGGUGUAAACUAUUAAAGUAUUUGCGAAGGAGCAUUGUUGUUCAUUUUAUUAUUUUGUUCAUGUUGUUUUGAUUAGUUCCCAGAGGAUCGCAUGCAAUGAGAUUUUAUGUCGCGAAAUAUAAUAACAGUUUCACUUUCACUUGUAACAUCUCGUUAGUAGCAUUAGCAAGUACUAGUAUGAAACAGUUUCACUUUCCUUUGUAACAUCUCGUUAGUAGCAAGUGAUAAUAUGAAACAGUUUCACUUGACAAUUGCUGCUCUGCUGAUACUGCUAGUUCCAGACGUCAUUAACGCUGGGAUUAACGAGCUUGAGGACGGAGCUAAAGUUGAACGAAAUCACAGUGCUAGUAAGCACAAUUACCCUCCCUUUCUCCGCGCCAAAGACUGCAGACCAAGGAAGCACAACGUUCAGGACUGUAGUUGUCUUCAAGAAAUGUUUGUUAAAACUCAGUGUAUAGAACGACUGGGCGAAAAGUUCAUCAACCACAAAUACAAAGAUCCCAAGCCGUCGACAUGUGUGAAACAUUUCAACUAUUGCUACGGUUUUGAGGGGGAUGAAACAAAGACAUGGUACAACCAGUGCUGCCGGUCUAUGCUCUGUUACAUGAAACUCAGAACCUGUGUUUAGUUAUUUUACCAAUUUAGUGUUACUAAGGUGUUACUAAGGUGUUACUAAGGUGUUACUAAGGUGUUACUAAGGUGUUACUAGGUGUACAUGGUACAACCAGUGCUGCCGGUCGAUGCUCUGUUACAUGAAACUCAGAACCUGUGUUUAGUUAUUUUACCAUGAAAUUUCAAAGUUAACAUUUGGUAAACAUUUUUCUAUUAGGAUCUAUUUUUAGUAAAAUGCACCUGUACCCUCUUAAAGUUAACUACCUUAUCGGACAUUUUGUGAACGGACACAAUUUUGAAGUCGAACGGACAUUAAUGAUUAAAAUGAACUCUCAGAGGCAUUAAUUUAAUAUAUUUAAUUUAACUGCCUUGUCGGACUUUAUUUGAACGUACAUUAAAAUGAACGCUAGGGCCUCCGCCGUCCAAUUAAUGUCCGUUCAAAUUAAGUCCGGUAUGUAGAGCUAGAUAAAGAUAGUGAAGGUGGACUUUUUCCAAUUAAUUAACAACUUACCAACAUUAUUUACA